AACUUGGUAGUGAGUCAGAGGCAGAGGGUUGAAACCUAUAAAUUGAAAUUGCAUUCGCGGUUUGUGAGCGCAAGAAUUACAAGAAUAGAAACCAUUUGCUUACGCGAUACAACUUCUUUACCUAUGAGCGUCCUGCAAGGAGGCGCCGUAACAACAAUUUCAAUCUUCUGAUUUCAGGGGGAAGGCGGCGGCGGAAUAGCAUUAGUCCAUAACCCAACCUCUGGACCUCAUCGCUUUUCGCAGAACUUCCCCCUUCCUAUUGCCGGACUGCGAACAUUCUCCGGGUUUCCACCUCUCUCCUCAAAAUUUUCAGUCCCUCUUUAUUUUUCAUCUAAUUGAAUGGGUAAGCCCAAGGGAGACGGAGCUCGAAGCAAGGCUCGACCUUCAAGCAGCAGUUUGGCUGCGUCGCUUCUGCCAUCGGAUUCUGCCGCUAAUACUGCCGGAUUCGGCGGCUUUCUUGGUAGUCACCGGCUCGAUUCUUCUCUCACUGGGGAUGAUGCAGCACCUUUUUCGGAUAUUGACAGUGAAGUUGCGCAACAUUUGAAGAGGCUUUCAAGGAAAGACCCAACUACCAAGCUUAAAGCAUUGGCCUCUUUGUCUGAACAUCUUAAGCAGAAAUCUGGGAAAGACGCUGCAUCAGUUAUUCCACAAUGGGUAUUUGAAUACAAGAAACUGUUGAUGGAUUAUAAUAGGGAUGUUCGACGUGCUACACAUGACACAAUGACCAAUCUUGUCAUGGCUGCUGGGAGAGAGAUAGCUCCACAUCUGAAAUCUUUGAUGGGGCCAUGGUGGUUUUCUCAAUUUGAUUCAGUUUCUGAAGUCUCUCAAAGUGCAAUGCAGUCAUUGCAGGCAGCAUUUCCUGCUCAGGAAAAGAGAGUAGAUGCUUUAAUUUUAUGUACAACUGAGAUAUUUAUGUACCUGGAGGAAAACUUGAAGCUCACACCAGAUACUUUGUCGGAUAAGGCAGUUGCUAAAGAUGAAUUAGAAGAGAUGCACCAGCAGGUUAUCUCUUCAACAUUGCUUGCUCUAGCCACAUUAAUUGAUGUCUUAGUGAGUGUGCGGUUUGAAAGAUCAGGAACUGGGAAAAGCAGUGGUGAAACAAAACAUGCUUCCAAGUCUAGGUCUAGGGAGACUGCUAUUUCGUUUGCUGAAAAAUUGUUCACUGAGCACAAAUACUUUAUAGACCUGUUGAAGUCCAAAAGUACCAUUGUCCGUUCUGCUACCUAUACAGUCUUAAGGAGCCUUGUCAAAAAUAUUCCUCAUGCUUUUAAGGAACAGAACAUGAAAACUAUUGCCGGUUCUAUCCUCGGUGCUUUUCAGGAGAAAGAUCCUUCUUGCCAUUCAUCAAUGUGGGACACAGUGUUACUUUUUUCUAAAAGGCUGCCCAACUGUUGGACAUAUGUGAAUGUUCAGAAAACUGUACUGAAUAGAUUUUGGAAUUUUCUUAGAAAUGGGUGCUUUGGAUCCCAGCAGAUUUCUUACCCAGCUUUAAUUUUAUUUUUGGACACAGUUCCACCUCGUGCUGUAGGAGGGGAGAAAUUUCUUCUCGAUUUUUUUGAGAACUUAUGGGUUGGAAGGAACCCAUUACAUUCCUCAAGUGCAGAAAGGCUCGCGUUUUUCCAGUCGUUUAAAGAAUGUUUUCUUAGGGGGAUUCGGAAUGCAUCAAGGUGGGUGGUAGUUUCUUCACCUUGCUACUUUAGAAUGGGAGAUCAUUUCUUUCCUUGUACAAGCUUCUGCAAUGGAGAUGACUUGGCUCACUUUCAAGUCACCCUCGUUGAUGUCAUUCUUGUUAAGCUUUUAUGGAAGGAUUACUUACAUGUUCAAUGUCUAAAGAAUCAAGACAGGGCUGUCUCUAAAGAUGCACCCUUCAAUAACAAGAUGGCAGAGGAAAUACCAAGUAUAAAGUAUCCGAUGAGCUAUUUACAAGAUCUGAGAAAAUGCAUUGUUGAAAUUCUAUCCGGCAUCCACUUAGUGAACCAUGAUCUACUUUCCGUCUUUGCUAUGGAAUUUCAAAAGAACUGUAUUAGUAUGUUCCAGUUGACAGAAAGUAUAGGAGUAGCCUCGGAAACUGUAGAACAGAUUAUAGGAUUUAUAUUAGAAUUGGAGCAACUUUCUAUGGACAAGGAUGAUACCUGGCCCUUGGUUCUCUUGGUAGGACCAACACUGGCAAAUACUUUCCCCAUCAUUCGAUCACUUGACUCUUCAGAUGGUGUGAGACUUCUAUCUGCUGCGGUGUCUGUUUUUGGACCUCGCAAGGUUGUUCAAGAAUUAUUUAUUCAUAAUCAUGGAAUGUCCUCUAGUCAGUUUUCUGGCGUUGAGGCCCAAGAUGUGGAGGCAAGGCAAUUCAUGCAAUUAUUUAAUGAAGUUUUCGUUCCUUGGUGUUUGCAAGGAAAUAAUAGCUCUGCUAGUGCUCGAUUAGAUCUCUUGCUUGCACUAAUUGAUGAUGAACAUUUCUCUGAUCAAUGGCAUUCUGUGAUCAGUUACUCGACUAAUCUAGAUCAUACUGAAGUUGUGGUUGAGUCCAUGAACUCCGAAAGUCUAGCUGUCUUGGCAAAGCUUUUAGACAGAGCAAGAGUAAAAAUUACAAAUAGUGAUACAAGAAAGACCCGUACUUGGCAGAAGGCUAAUCUUGGGGACUGGCAUCAUGAGCAUUUGGAAUCUGCCGCUGUUGCCAUAGCUCAAUCCCAUGCUCCGUUCAGAAGCUCAUUUACAGAUUUUUUAUGUUCUGUUUUGGGUGGUUCUCUAUGGAAUGAUUGCUCUUCUUUUGUGUCAAGAGAUGCUUUGAUUGCUAUAUUUGAGGCGGUAUUUCAGAAGUUAGUUAGUUUCUUAUUGCACUCUCCUUUAAUUUGGGCAAGAAAUUCUAGUUCUUUAUUUAUAUCUAGGCCUGGAAACUCUUUCCCCAAGUCCACAAGUUCUUCAGAGGUUGUUGCGAUGGCACAUUUUGCUCUAGAAGUACUUGACCGCUGCAUCUUUUGCUUAUACAACCUAGGUGAAGAGAAUUAUCCACUUCCUAGUAUUUUAGCUACUAUAUAUGCUAUUGACUGGAAUUGUAGUAUAGAAGGAAAACAGGAUGAUAUGCUUGAUGACAAAUAUAAGGAAGAAAGGAAAGCAAGGUUGCAUUUUGGUGAAUGUGUGCGUGCUCUACGCCAAAAGAUAACAAAACAGUUUUGGAAGAGCUGUAGAGCACACGACAGAAAACAAUAUGGAAGUAUCUUGAUUCAGUUUAUUCGGUCUGCCAUCUUCAGUGAAGAUAGUGAAGAAAUUGUGUCUUUGUGCUGCCAGUGGAUGCUUGAAAUUCUGGAUCAAAUCUCUCAGGAUCACUUAGAAGAACAAUAUAUGUUAGAUCAGCUUUUGAUCAAGGAUGAUACGUGGCCUUUCUGGAUUGCUCCCGACUUCAUGGCUCCAAAUGAAUUGGCUGCUUCAAAUAUGAAAAACGUUGGCUUGGAUAUUCACAAAUCUGGAAAUCACAAGCUUGUUUCUUUAGUAAGCAUGCUUAUGUCAAAGAUUGGACUUGAGAAACUUUUAUCUGGUCAAGUUGAAAAUUCUUCUUCUUGCCUUGGCAAGACGACAAAGAAUGAGGUUACUUCUCGUGCUUGGCUGGUGGCUGAAAUAUUAUGCACAUGGAAGUGGCCAGGAGGUAAUGCUAGAGGCUCUUUCCUUCCUUUAUUUUGUGCUUAUGUUAAAAGGAGCUGUUCACAUGAAAGCUUGUUGGAUUCCACCUUCAACAUGUUAUUGGAUGGGGCUCUUCUCUACAGUAGCAGAGCUGCUCAAAGCAUCGUCAAUAUUUGGCCUUAUCCAGUUUCCUUGCUAGAAGAUAUUCAAGAACCAUUCUUGAGAGCUCUUACAUCUUUUCUUUUCAGUUUAUUAAAAGAGAACAUAUGGGGGAAAGACAAAGCUAGUUCACUGUUUGAGUUGGCUGUUAGUAGACUUUUCAUUGGUGAAGCAGUGAAUAUCGACUGUUUAAGGAUUCUUCCACUGAUUGUGAGUUAUCUUGUCCACCCGAUGUGUGAAACAAACUUUACAUUUGAUGAUUCUGGUUCAUGCCCUGGAGAGGGCUCUUUGAAGGAAAAUAUUAUUCAAAAUGCUGCCGAGGGUUGGCUCCAGAGAGUCCUUUUAUUCCCAUCAUUGAAUGAAUGGCAGCUUGGACAAGAUAUGGAAGAUUGGCUUUUGUUGGUGAUAUCUUGCUAUCCCUUCAGUAGUUCCAUGGGAGGUUUACAAACGUUGAAGCUGGACAGAAACAUAAGCACUGAGGAAGGCAGCCUCUUAUUGGAAUUAUUUCGGAAACAGAGGAAAACAUCAGGUAGAUCACCUGCAGUUAAUCAUGCGCCAUGGGUACAAAUGUUAUUGUCAGAGCUUAUGGUUGUUUCUGUCGGUUACUGCUGGAAGCUAUUCAAUGAUGAAGAUUGGGAGUUUCUGUUGGUCCAGUUAAUGAGUUGGAUCCAAUCAGCCGUUGUAAUAAUGGAGGAAAUUGCUGAAAGCGUGAAUGAUAUUAUUGUCAAAAGCUCUACUGCUAUGAAUUUAAAUGAAAUUUUAGAAAAGCUUGAGCGAAGUGUUCAGAUUUCGGACCCAAUCCCUUUUUGCGUUUCAAGAAAUGCCCUUUUAUCAUUUUCUUUGUUUAAUGGUUCCCUUGGGCUACAAGGCCUGAAAGAUGUGGAAAGUUCAAGCCCCCAGAGAUUAGAUAAAUUGAACCAUGUCAAUGAUCGCAUUGUUGAAGGUAUUCUUCGCAUGUUCUUUUGCACUGGAAUUUCUGAGGCCAUUGCAUGCUCCUGCAGUGAUAAGGCUGCAUCCAUUAUAUCAUCCUCAAGACUUGAACUUCCUUAUUUCUGGGACUUGAUAGCUUCAAGUGUUACUAAAUCCUCAAAAGAUGCUAGAGAGAGAGCCGUGAAAUCAAUUGAAUUUUGGGGACUCUGUAAAGGGGCUGUUAGUUCUUUAUAUGGCAUCCUUUUUUCCCUUAAACCGCUUCCUUCAUUACAAUAUGCUGCCUAUGUUAUGCUCUCAACUGAACCAAUUUCUUACUCCGCAAUUAUUCAUGAAAAUACUUCUUGCUACCUGGAUUAUGAUAUCACAACCGAACAGGGGUCAACUCAAGUUGAUUUUUCAUCAGAAUAUAAUGUGCUCUUGAAGGAGGAAAUAUUAUUAUUGAUCGAGAAACUCCCUGAUGAUGUUUUUGACAUGGAGUUGAUUGCCCAAGAAAGGGUGAAUAUAUAUCUUGCUUGGUCUUUGUUGCUGUCACACUUAUGGUCAUUGCCCCCAUCCUCAUCUGCAAGGGAAAGAUUAGUCCAAUACAUUCAGAACUCUGCUAGUUCAAGGAUAUUAGACUGCCUUUUCCAGCAUAUACCUGUCGAAGGCAUGGCUCUUCAGAAGAAGAAAGAUACAGAACUUCCAGCAGGGCUAUCAGAAGCCGCAACUGCAGCAAACCAAGCCAUUACCACAGGUUCAUUAUUGUUUUCUGUGGAAUUUCUUUGGCCCAUUGAACCAGUGAAACUGUCAUUGUUUGCUGGAGCAAUAUUUGGCUUGAUGCUCCGUGUUCUUCCUGCUUAUGUUCGAGGGUGGUUUAGUGAUUUGCGUGACCGUUCAAAGUCUACUGCAAUUGAAUCCUUUACAAAAGCAUGGUGCAGUCCUUCUCUUAUUGCAAAUGAAUUGUCCCAGAUAAAAAAAGCAGAAUUUGCUGAUGAAAAUUUCUCAGUUGUUGUAAGUAAAUCAGCCAAUGAGGUAAUUGCUACAUAUACCAAAGAUGAGACGGGGAUGGACCUAGUAAUUCGCCUUCCUUCAUCAUAUCCACUAAGGCAUGUUGAUGUUGAUUGUAUGAGGAGCUUGGGAAUCAGUGAAGUUAAGCAGCGGAAGUGGUUAUUAUCCAUGAUGUCAUUUGUCCGUAAUCAGGCGAAGGCAAUGCUGUGUGGAGAGACCAAUAGAUGGUCAGAGAAUGGUGCUUUAGCUGAAGCAAUAAGGAUAUGGAAGCGUAAUUUUGACAAGGAGUUUGAAGGAGUUGAAGAGUGUCCCAUUUGUUACAGUGUAAUCCACACAGUCAACCACAGCAUUCCCCGCUUGGCAUGCAAGACCUGCAAGCACAAGUUCCAUUCAGCCUGCCUUUAUAAAUGGUUUUCGACUUCACAUAAAUCCACCUGUCCUCUGUGCCAGUCUCCGUUCUAACCUGGAUUCCUUCCAGCGGGACGACCAGUUUUGAGGAUAAUUCUUGCAUCCGCGCUGAAAUAAUGGUGAAGCUGAGCUGAGAGGUACACACAAUCAGAAACUCGAAGCGUUAAUUCUUGUAUUCUCUUGCAAAGAGGCCUCUGUCCCCAUCCUAGAAAGAAGGAAAUAAGAAAUGAAUGUGGGGAAGAACAGAACUACCAACUCUCUCCAGUUUUGGACAAUAUAGACAUAGGGGAUCAAGACAGACGAUGAUACUGUUCUUAACUUACUUUCUAUUUGUAUUUAUUUUACCCAACCCAAGUGUAAUAUACAGGCUGGGUAAAGUUUGCUUUUGUAAUUUACUGGAUUUGUAUAUAAGUUAUCAUAUAGGUUUUUGUUCGGACUUUUUCUCGAGCUAACCAACUCCAUGGAAGUGCAAGAAUUCAGAACUUUGAAGUCUGAAUGCCAGAGUUUUAUAUGUUUUACCAAUUCCAGUAGUUCAUGUGAUCCAUUUUUACACUAAAAUGAUAAUAUCUGUAAUUGUGUUU